CACACGCUCACACUCCUUCCCUCUGAUGCCGACUGGAUGCAGACCGGGGGAUAUCCAGCAGCUUCCUAACCCUCCCUCCCCUCCUCCUCCUCCUCCUCCUCCUUCAGCAUCCGGAGCGUCUCCUCUUCAUCCUCCUCUUUCUUCCUGCUCCUCACCUCCGGGAUGUGGCACUCGGUGGCUCUGCUCCUCUCUGGAUUCUUUGCUUUGAUCCACGUGUCGGUGCAGGGUCCUCACCAGAGGAACCUGUUAAAGAACCUCCUGAAGGACUACAACCGGAUGGAGCGGCCGGUGGGCAACGACUCCCACCCGCUCACCGUUAUCUUCUCCCUCAGCAUGAUACAGAUCAUGGAUGUGGAUGAGAAGAAUCAGGUGCUCACCUCUAACAUGUGGCUACGGAUGAGUUGGUUCGACCAUUAUCUCCAGUGGAACCAGAGCGAACAUCCCGGAGUGAAAAACCUGCGCUUCACCACAGACCAGGUGUGGACACCGGACAUCCUGCUCUACAACAGUGCAGAUGAUGACUUUGACUCCACCUUUAAGACCAAUGUUCUGGUGAACUCCAGCGGCUACGCAGAGUAUCUGCCUCCAGGAAUCUUUAUGAGCACAUGCAACGUGGACGUCCGCUGGUUCCCUUUUGACAUCCAGAAGUGUGAGCUGAAGUUCGGCUCCUGGACGUAUGACGGCUGGCUGAUGGACCUCCAGAUGAACGAUGCUGACAUCUCAGGCUACAUGCCCAAUGGAGAGUGGGACUUAAUUGGGGUUCCUGGCACCAGAAGCGAGGCCUUCUAUGACUGUUGUAAGGAGCCUUACCCCGAUGUGACAUUUGUUGUGACAAUACGGCGGAGGACCCUGUACUACGCCCUGAACCUGCUCAUCCCCUGUGUGUUGCUGUCUUCAAUGACCCUGCUGAUCUUUGUGCUGCCAGCCGACUCUGGGGAGAAGAUCUCACUGGGUAUCACCGUUCUGCUGUCGCUUACUGUUUUCAUGUUGCUAGUGGCAGAGAUCAUGCCAGCUACAUCGGACUCUGUUCCUCUCAUAGGUCAGUACUUUGCCAGUAUAAUGAUCAUCGUUGGGAUGUCCGUCAUGGCCACUGUUGUCGUUCUGCAGUAUCAUCACCAUGAUCCAAAUGGAGGAAAUAUGCCAAAAUGGGUGCAGCUGGUCUUGCUGCAGUGGGUAGCAUGGUUCUUGCGUAUGAAGCGACCAGGAGAGAACGAUGACCCAGAACGCCCCCCGUGUGCCCCCCACUUACGGCGCUGUUCCUCGGGCUCGCAGACCGGGAGCAUCACAAAUCCACAAGACCCCACCCUGCAUCCGCUGCACCCACAGAACCUGUCUUCUCUGCACACAGGGCCUCUCCACGCGGGGCAUCCUCACCUUCAUGCCCAAACCAGCGCCAACAACAACGGGAACCUUCUUUACAUGGGCUACCAGAGCAUGGAGGACCCUUCAAUACUCUCAGAGCCUCUCCAGAGAAAUAACAUGUCUGCAGGGCCUACACGUGUGGCAGGAAGCCCGCCUCCUCACCUCCCGUCUCAGUUCUGCAGCUCCCCACCACCUCCUACCCCCAACAUGGAUACUGUAGGCUGCCCCAGCACAGUCUCCAGUGGGGGGGGCUUUGGAGGUGGAACCGGAGGUUGCUUGAAUGCAGGUAUCGGAGACCCACAGUUACAGGCCAUCUUGGAGGAGGUGCGUUACAUGGCAGACCAUUUCCGGGAGCAGGAGGAAACCGAGAGCGUUGCAGACCAGUGGAAAUUUGCAGGCGCUGUGAUUGAUCGUUUGUGUUUGGUGGCGUUCAGCAUUUUCAACAUAAUUUGCACCAUCUCUAUCCUCAUGUCUGCUCCGAACUUUGCGACUGCUGUUUCAAAAGACUUUGUAUGAAAGCAAAAAGGAAAAAAGAUGAAGAGAAGCGUGAAGGAAAGGAUGAGGGAAAUGAAAUAUAGACUGAAGAAUGGAGUGGGCCCGGAUCCAAGGAAAUACAAUUUCCCGCGGACUGUAGGCUCUGUGAUUUGUGAUUGCAAGGAACUCGAAAAUAGAAAUAAAAAAAAAAUGGUGUUCUUUGCAAUACAAUACUGUUUUGUAACUGAAAUAUAAGAAGAAAACAGAUAAGGAAGGGAAUACAGAGUAUAUGUUUAGGGUGAGCAGGGUGCUUUAUCAGAUUCUUGACAAGGUGAAAUUCAUUCUUUUGUUAAUUCAAAAUAUUUUCCUGCAAAAUAAGGGGAACAAAUGAGUCAAAAAAAUAAAUAAAGAACAAGAUCAGUCCAAUGCAAACCUCAAGAGAGAAAGCUCUUAAAGCACUGGAGAGAUUGAAAGAGUAAGAGGGAAAAGCGACAGGCAGAUAUAUAGAGAUGGAUAAAUAAGACAGACAUUGGGCUGUAUUUUCUUAAAGAGGGAAGACAGUUCUUCACUACCACUUUUUGAGAACGGACUGCAUCAUUUAAAGUGAUGUGAGGAGGAGAGGGCUGGGGGAGACGAGAAAUAUUUUUACAGACGAGAAAAGAGUGAGUAACUAGACUUCAUCUCUUGUGGCAGAGUUAGGCGGAGUAAACAGCGUGAUGCCUGGAUAUCCAAAAGUUGAUGGAAGAUCAGUAAGCAGAGAGGAACAGAAGAGCAUCUUAUCUAUUCAAUCGCAUCCAUUUAAUGACCGUCAAAUUGAAAGACCUUGGGAUAAUCUUUAGGACUAAUAAGCUUUUAAAGGAUGAAGUCCCCUCUCUGCUUGAAAACCACUUUACAUUUCCAAGGCCUUAUCUCUUUGAGACGAUUGCCAAUCUGCAACAAUCAGCAGAGAUCAAAAGCUCCUCAGCAGCGGGCACAGCGUGGAGUGCUUAUCACGACCGGGAAACUGAAUUAACCGGUCAUCAGCAGCGCAAUGCCAAGUAGCUGCACCACGGUGGAGGCUUGAGCCAAUGAGAACUGGGGGUAGUGGUGGUCUAAUGGAUAGUGAGGUGGGCUGAAGGUCGGAAGGUUGUGAAUCCCGCCUGAAACACCACCACUAGUGAGCCCUUGAGUAAGGCACUUAGCCCUUAGUUUCUCCAGGGAGAAUGUCCCUGUAAUCGGUAAUUGUAAGUCGAUUUGGAUAAAAGCGUCAGCUAAAUGAAAUGUAAUGUAACUCAUGAGGCAGUAACCGAACGGUCCUAUUGGAUUUCAAAUUAAACGUUUCAUAACUGCAAUGGGCGGUCAGGUCUUUAAAAGGCCCAAGAAAGGGUUAAGAUCAUGCAAAAACCCUCAAAUGUGUACGGAGAAGCAACAUCCAAUCACAUUUCUGUCUGAACCCUUCAAUGGUUUUCAGAUUCUUGAGUGAUUCAUAUCUACCCAGAAUGAAACAGAUGGGAAUUUUACAGAGCUUUGCUUCGGUUAAUUUCAGUACAGUUGAUUAACAGGAUUGAUUUCAGAGUAUGGCCUUCAGCUACAGAGCAUCUGUAGAAAUGCGGAUACCAAAAAACUAAAUAUGUAUUUAAUUAGUUUAGGUUUGAGGGGAAUUGUGUAGUAGUAUUAAUGUUUGCUGAAUGGAAGGUGGACUAUAAUUCAUGGAUGUACAAACAGUAGGUUUAAUGUUAAAGAUUUCCAAGGAUGACUGUCAAGUUGUAUUACAAAAUUACAAUGAACAGAGCAAUUAGUCAAAUGACAAACCUCAUUAUCUCCAUUCUUUGUACUCGCUGAAGCUUUUUCCAAAAUCAUUCUUAUUGAACUAUAUUGACCUUAAGCUGAAGUGAAGUAUGUGUGGCACGAGUUAAUAAGAGAGUGAGUUUGGACACAGCCCAAUAUUAUAAGAGAAGGAUGAGUCAUUCAAAAAUGAAGCUUAAAGCGAAAUAGAUCCAGCUGAAAGUGUACAUUUAACAACUCUUCUCCGUGCAAUUCAGCACAGGUAAUUGCUGAGUCUCUCAAUGUUCAAUUAACUCCAAGAGAGUGUAGCUCUCUCUUUAAUAUUAGUUUUCAUGUGGAUAGCUAUUGUGCACAUUCACUGAAAAUAAAUAUAGAAUUGUCAGGAAAACAUUUUCAACUGUAGGAUUUUUCUGUAUUUGUUCUGUGUCAAUAGUGGUAUAUUGUGUCAUGCACAUGAAGGUCCCCAGCCUAAAAAUCCCCUUUAAAUAACAUAUAUACAAUGUUUUACCAAUAAUUUAUGUUUUUCUACAUUUGUGUAAGUUUUGAAACACAUGCCCUGAAAUUAGCAAAGUAAGCUAAGCUUUUUCUUUUUUUGCCCGACAACUACAUUUCCUCAAAAAAUAAGCCUUUGAAGAGAAGACCGAACUUAUAUUUUUCAUAUAUUCCAAAAAUCCCAUAAAACAACUUAAACCUACAAUAGAUUCAGCCUCUCAAAGCUUCCCUACACGGCCAUGGCACAGAUCCUCAACCUUAAAUGUUUACAAUGCAGAAAAACUUAGAAAAAUGUCACAAGUACAGUAGUCAAACUGUUUUUUUUGGGACUAUUUCCAGCUGUGGAUUAAUACAAAUCGGUGAUUUAGCGAGUUUUUUUGUGUGUAGGAUGGUAAUUCACUACAGUGGCCAUUUUCAUUGAAAUAAAGUAUAAUUUUACCCAGUACAACAAUGUGGCUCAUUAAAGUGAUAAAAACAAUGGAGGUCUUAGGAAAAAAGCUAUAUUAUGCUUCGGUCACACAGUCAACACUUGUUAAGAGAAUAAUUGUGCCGUAGGUUUUGGUAUUUUUAUGGGAUUUUAUGACAAUUAGUUAAAUGUACAAUAUCUGCAGAUUCUUCUUUAAGAAGUCUCUCUAGGUUUUCUUUAACACAUACAUCCAAUAGUCUUAAUGAGUUACCUACAUUCCUGAUACACUAUCACUAGUGAAUUUGCAUAUGUAUUAUUUCACUCUGAACUGCUACAUACAGGGUGGAGAGUGUUGUACAAUUCUUUAUAUAUUUUUUUCCUUCAUUUUCUGUCUUCUCUCUCGUGUUCUAAAGUUUCCUAGCAGUCAAAAAGUAAACUUCUUGCCGGGAGGUUUUGUAGAAGGAUGUUGUCCUUCCAGCACAUACUGACAACUAAACACUCACAUCUGUACAGAACAUUUUAUCACCCUGAAAAUAAAGGAUUGUCUCAUUUUU